CAAAAUUUCUUUCCCACCAACGGCGCUAUUUGUGCAUCCGUCUCUCGAAGAUACUCCUCGACCACGCCAAAAACUCUCGAACCAUCAUGGCACCAGAGGUGGGCCUAUCGCGCUCUACCUUUGCCAAACUCUCACCUCAUCCGUAUCUCCUCGCAAACCUCGAACCAUCCGACGAAUCGACCCCCCCUGCGCGAAGCAAUGGCCGGGCUCCUUUUGAGGUGCGGAAACCCACAGUUAAUCUGUCCAGCUUGUCACACGCCCACGGAAGUGCUCUGGUGCGGACAGGUGACACCACAGUCAUUUGCGGAAUCCGCGCCGAAACCAUCCUAACAGAGAAUAUCCCCAACUACCGCGCAUCCAAUACACAGACGGAGUUAUCCGAUUACGACUUGUUGGUCCCUAAUAUCGAACUUGCCACCGGAUCUGCACCGCAAUUCUUGCCUGGCGGUCCGCCCACAACUCUCGCCCAAACAUUGAGCACCAAAAUCUACUCUCUCCUACAUAGCUCCAAGCUCCUACGAGCAGAGGACUUGCGGAUAUGGCACAACCGACCGGCCGAAGUCUCAUUCGCAGAUGAGGAAGAAGGAGCUGAAGAGAGCGAUCAAAAGGAAGGAGAGAAGUAUGUGGUGGCAUACUGGGUAUUAUAUAUUGAUCUUUUCUUCAUCUCUUUCGAUGGCAACCCGUUUGAUGCGGCGUGGGCAGCAACGGUAGCUGCUUUACGCGAUACAAAACUGCCUCAGGCUCGCUAUGACCCAGACAGGGAGAUGAUUCUCUGCUCCAGAAAAGAUCCUAAGCCCCUUACCGUGGAAAGCAUGCCUAUUUCAUGCACGGCAGUCAUUUUCACCGGCAAAGAGACGAAAGACCAGCCGGCAGAUGGAAAAUUCUGGCUGCUGGCCGAUCCAGAUACCUUGGAGGAGUCAUUAUGCGACGAGACAGUCACAAUUGUCAUUGACUGCACGGGAGGCUCAAGAAGGAUUCUGUCCAUCUCGAAGCAUGGAGGCACGGUCAUGACAGCGAAGCUACUGACAUCGAAGGAAUUCCUCAAUUGGGCAAGCACGCGGUGGGAGGACUUUGCAUCAGCAAUAACUGGCAGCCAGUAAACAUCUAGAAUAGCAUAAUACCAUCUUUGUCCAGAUACUGGGAGCCAAUUUGCUCUCGGAGUUUUACUUGGCCAGAUCUGAUGAGUCGCGUCGGGUGCCAGUUCUACAGAUGAGGCCAUACACAAAUCCGAAAGCAAGUCACAUUACAUCGCACCAAACACAGAUUUUCAAGUGAGCAUGUGUCAACCAUUCGAACCACCCUUUCAGACUUUAUUCUAGAGCAGUAGAUACCGGCCGACAAUUCUCUCUGCCGCCUAAGUCAAAUGCAAUCGCGAUGCCACAUACAUAAAGUAUCAAAGACAUGACGGUAAAAAUUCGACGGGCGGUGAAACUAUGGAGAGAAAAGAAGGAAAAAAGAAAAAAAAAAGCUCAGAAGUCGGAAGUUAGACUAUGAAAAAGCACGGGCCAUCUGACUUAGCUAAUACGGACUGCUGCUUAUUGCUGCUACAGCUUCAGAUGCCAAACCUCACUAGCAAGAUACAUCUCCACUUCGCUUGAGCUUGAACCCUCUAGCUAAACGCUUUUUAAACAAUUUUUUUCUUUUUCUUCUUUUCUCGCUCUCGUCUUCUUUCCCCUUCCCUCCGUCC